AGAUGCGAGACACGUUUAGGCAACCGAUGGCGGAUUUCGGAAAAAAUUCUGCAGCAGGGCAAAACCACUGUCCUCUCGGCUAGCUCGCCGUUUCCCCCAAACCCCCCCCCCCCACCCCAAAACCCUCGAGCCGUUGCGCUCCCACCUGCAACCAACCCCAGACCCCCAUCUCCGGCGGUGGCGACGGUCUGCGCGCGCGCGCGCGAGCGAUCGAGAUGGACCGUCCGGCGGCUGGUGCGUCGUACCAGCGCUUCCCCCGCGUGCGGAUCCGCGAGCUCAAGGACGACUACGCCAAGUUCGAGCUCCGCGACACCGAUGCCAGCUUGGCCAACGCCCUCCGCCGCGUCAUGAUUGCCGAGGUCCCCACCGUUGCCAUCGACCUCGUUGAGAUCGAGGUCAACUCCUCCGUCCUCAACGACGAGUUCAUCGCGCACCGCCUCGGCCUCAUCCCGCUCACCUCUGCCGCCGCCAUGGGCAUGCGCUUCUCCCGCGACUGCGACGCCUGCGACGGGGACGGCUCCUGCGAGUACUGCUCCGUCGAGUUCCACCUCGCCGCGCGUGCCACCGACUCCGACCAGACGCUCGAGGUCACAUCCAACGACCUGCGGUCCACCGACCCCAAGGUCUGCCCCGUCGACCAGGCGCGUGCGUACCAGCAGGCGCUCGGCGCCACCGACCCCUACGACACCAGCUCCGCGGCCGAUCAGAGGGGCAUACUUAUCGUAAAGCUGCGCCGCGGGCAAGAACUGAGGCUUCGUGCCAUUGCUAGAAAAGGAAUUGGGAAGGACCAUGCCAAAUGGUCACCAGCUGCUACCGUGACUUUCAUGUAUGAGCCUGAUAUACGUAUUAAUGAAGAACUCAUGGAGACAUUGACGCUUGAUGAGAAAACAAGCUGGGUCGAGAGCAGCCCUACAAAAGUAUUUGACAUUGAUCCUAAUACCCACCAGGUGGUGGUGGUUGAUGCUGAGGCAUAUACAUAUGAUGACGAGGUGAUCAAGAAGGCAGAUGCCCUGGGAAAGCCAGGCUUAGUAGAGAUCAACGCGAAGGAGGACAGCUUUAUUUUCACCGUAGAAACAACUGGUGCCAUCACAGCGUACGAAUUGAUUAUGAAUGCUAUCACUGUCUUGAGGCAAAAGCUGGAUGCUGUUCGCCUUCAAGACGAUGAUGGUGAUCUUGGUGAACUCGGUGCCCACCUUGUUGGAGGCUAAGAGCUUCCUGCCUUUCUCCCCUAUGUAGGCUUAUCUAACUCCAUGAUGACUUGAUGCCUCUGUUGGAGCUUCAAAUGGAUUCCCCUAAUAUCUAGUACCAAACUGUAAUCUCUAUGUUCUCCUUGUUUAUGCUGUGACCUCAGCACUGGAGCUUUUCAGCAUCAUUCUAUGUUUAAUUAGGCGCCAAUCUGAGAAAUCGACACAUUAAUUAGCUUGGCUCUGGAACAAAUGGAGAGCUAGUACUGUUCC